CAAUGGAUACUUUAAAUGCUGUUUGGGAGAGAAAGAGUAUAUUCAAUCUUGUUCUUACAAACAUCCAUAGGCUUAACACAAAUGGGGUUGAUAUUCUACAAAUCAUCAAGAACAAACUCAAUCUUCCUACCAUUUGUAAGUGUUUUCAGAGUUUAUUUGUUUUGCAAUUUAAGUCUUUAAAGGGGGUUGCACAUUUAAUUUUUCUACAGUUAUGUCACCUGAUGAUACAAGAUGUGAAAAUCAAGUACAAGAUUGUAGUGUUGGAGCCUAUGUUGUGAGUUUCUCAGAUACAAAUGAGAUGAACAAGUUUUGGCAAAUGGUGUUAGAGAAGGAGAAAGGUAGAAAAACAGUAGUCAAUCAAGAGGAGAAUGAUUCAAGAUUGCCUCAGAAUGUAACUGCAGAGACAAGUAGAGAGAACACAACAUCUGCUGAUACUGAUGUAGCGAUAAAGGCGCAUGAUCUGAAGGGUAAGCGAAAAGCUAAUAGUGAAGAAAAUAGAGACAUCGAAAAGAAACGAAGGGUUGUAUGGACUCCAAAGAUGCAUCAAAGUUUCUUGCAAGCUAUCCAGUACUUAGGCUAUGAAAAGGCUGUUCCUAAGAAAAUAGUUGAAAUUAUGAAUGAGCCUGGAUUGACUAGAGAACAUGUUGCCAGUCAUUUGCAGGUGUGUUUUCAUUUAUAUUACUAAAAUCUUCUGCAGAACUUUAAAUCUCUUUACAAUCACUUCUACCAAAUUUUCAUCAGAUAUGAUAUCUGUUAACUUUUCCUUUUUCUCCAUAUGGACAUUCCAUU